UCCGGUUUCGGCCCUGUUUGAAAUUUGAGUAGGGUUGCCAUUUUCACCCAACAUUAAAACACCAAAUACAUUCAUUAGGACAGGAAUAACACACGAUGAGUCUUUUUGCGAGUGCUAAACACCAGAGGAAGAAUCACUAGAGUAAAAUGGCAGAUCCUACAAUGAUGGGGAGCGGAUAUUUAAACUCCGGAAACCGCUCGGGGGGCAGUAAGGCCUGCACGAGUCCUUCGGAGAACUAUCAGCUGGCUCGGCGGCGCACGCUGCAGGUGGUGGUCAGCUCGCUGCUGACAGAGUGCGGCUUUGAGAGCGCUGAGAAAGCCGCGGUGGAGACGCUCACUGAGAUGAUCCAGAGCUAUAUAACUGAGGUCGGACGUUGUGCGAAGGCAAACUGUGAGCACACAGCAAGAAGCACCCCUACCCUCUCUGAUGUGGUCAUCACACUUGUUGAAAUGGGUUUUAAUGUGGAUACUCUUCCGGUGUAUGCCAAAAGAUCACAGAGGAUGGUCAUAACUGCACCUCCAGUGACAAAUGCUCCUCUGGUCCCAAAAGCCCUCAUGGCCGGACAGAAGCGUAUUCAUCCAGCACACAUUCCCAGCCACUUCCCUGAGUUUCCAGAUCCACACACUUACAUCAAAACACCAACCUUUCGGGAGCCGGUGUCAGAUUACCAGGUGGUGAGAGAAAAGGCAGCAUCACAGAGGAGAGAUGUAGAGCGUGCUCUCACACGCUUCAUGGCCAAGACUGGAGAGACGCAGAGCCUUUUCAAGGAUGACAUCAGUGCAUUCCCUUUGAUCGCUGCACAGCCAAGCUCCAUCCCUUACCUGAGUGCCCUGCUGCCAUCUGAACUAGAGCUACAGUCACUGGAGGAGACUGAUUCAUCUGAGCAAGAUGACCAGACGGACACAGAGAACAAUGCCAGCAACAUCAUUCAGGAUGACCCAGGGGCGGAUAAGGAGAACGCAGUGCUUCCACCUGGUGGCGGUAUGCCUUCAGGGAAGGCCAAUGAGGAAAAUAUGAUUGACAAUCCAUAUCUACGGCCAGUCAAAAAGCCCAAAGUGAGAAGGAAAAAAUGAGAACAGAUCUGUUGACUCAUAUGUCUUUGAAUCAGCCGGUUAUGAUGAAUAAGGACUUCUUAGAACUUGCUAAUCACAUUGUGCCCUUGUAAGUUGAGGAAUGUCCGAGGAUCCAGAAACCACUGCAAUUUGGAAAGUGUCUCCAAACAGUGAUCUAGUUUUUGGUCCACAAGUUACUGGUAUUUGAGUCUUAUGGAAAGACAGUAAAAUACUUGUCAAAAAUAUUAGAAGAAAUGUACUUGGGCAAGUUUUAUAAAGAGUAACACCACUAGUUUUGGCUGUUUUGGUUGUUUUGGUGUAUUCCACACUUGAAAUAAUGUUCAAGUUUUUUCGGUUUCCAAAACCUCCGGCAAGUGACAUUCUUUUACUGUUUUGGUUUUGAUGUGUAUUUGUUACUCAUUUAUGAAUGAUGGAUAUGUCUUUUUUAUUGUUUGGUUUUAAGGUAUUGUCACAAAAGGACAAGUUGGAAAUUAAACUUGCACACAUGGAUAAAAUGUGAACAUAUUUCCUUAUGUAAUAAUGUGUGCCCUGAAGUCUUGUUAAAUUAUCAUUAGACCUAUAUUGUUA